AUGUUUGCUUUGAUCGUUAUCGCUUCAGUGCUUGGUACCACAUCAGCAGGAUCGUGUAUCGAUUGUAUCUGUCAACAUGAAUCAAAUUGUCAACCAAUUGGAUGUCGAGAAGAUAUGGGAUCUUUAUCCUGUGGCUAUUUUCAAAUAAAGCUUCCUUAUUAUCAAGACUGUGGAGAACCAGGGAAACAAGACGGGGAAUCGACAGAGGAUGCUUGGAAAAGAUGUUCUGAUGACUACAAUUGUGCUCUAAACUGUGUUCAGAACUAUUUCGCUCGUUAUCGUGGUUUCUGUUCGAAUUACGGAUAUGGAGAGUGUGAACAGUUAUCGAGAAUUCACAAUGGCGGACUUUACGGUUGUCAAGCUGAGCGAACGAACGUUUAUUGGGAUUGGGUGAGAAAUUGCUGUGGAUCCGAAUUACCAAAUAUCAAUGUGAGCAAAUCUGAAUUGAAGACGAUUUCUUCUCAAUUAUGGGAUCUUGAUGUGAAUAGAGCUGGAUCAGGAGAUAUUAAGAUAAAUCUACAGGGAAAAACUCCUAGAAACAACAAUGAAGAUGGGGCUGAUGAAAAAUUGUUUUCUUUUGUAAAUGAAGAUUUACUUCAAAAAGAAACAUUUCAAAAAACGAUUGCACUUUUCGAUAAUUAUCAACCGAAUUUGAGACAAGAAGAACGAGAUACGGAUGAGGCUAAACGAGAGAUUGACGAGUUCUUAGAUGUCAUUUUAACCAAGCCCGUAUUGCUCAAAGUUUUUGAUUUCCUGAAAGAAAAAGGCCAUCCAUUUGCAUCAAGUAAAGAAGAAUUCCGGGCACAAAUACGAAAAUUAUGGUUUGGACGAUUCUCGAGGAGUAAAUCGGCAAAGAACAAUCACAUAAAGGAUACGAGUGCAUUUGAGCACACUUUUAUUGGAGAGUUAAAUAGACGACGAGUCUCUGGAAUGCAUAACUGGGUACGGUAUUAUCUUUUAGAAAACGACGAGAAUGAACAGAUUGAUUAUCGAGGUUAUUACCUCUCUAUGAAGGAAGAUAUCGUUGUUGUUUCGUAUAAAUGGAAAGGGAAAAAUAUGAAGAAAAUUGGGGGAUUUUUCGUUGGAACAAGUCCCGAAUAUGAAAUCGCUGUCUACACUCUUUGCUUUUUAGUGAAAAGAGGGAAAUCUUGUGCGAUCACAGUCAAUGGAUGUCCGGUCACUUUGAUCACUCAUGCUUGGAGACAGGAAAAUGAUAUAUUCAUUGAUCACAUUUACCCAAAAAUCUAUGAGAAUGGCCAAUGUGUGAACAAU